UGAAAAAAAUCAAAAUAAAACAAUUGCACGUGUGGAGCAAAUUUUAUAAACAAACUAUAGUUUUUAUAAAAUAAUCGCAAUGAGUGAGAGCGAACAUGAAGAAAACGAGAAAAUCUCCACUGAGCCAGUGGAUAAUGCUUGGUCGUUAAAGAUUCCGGAAUUUAAGCCAGAAGAUAACCCAAAUGGCAUGGUUGAGGAAAGUUCAUUUGCGACACUUUUUCCAAAGUACAGAGAAAAAUAUCUAAAUGAAAUAUGGCCACUUGUAAGAGAAUGCCUCUCAGAACAUCAUCUGAAAGCUGAAUUGGAUCUUGUAGAAGGUAGUAUGGUGGUUAAAACAACACGCAAAACUUGGGAUCCUUAUAUUGUUAUUAAGGCUCGGGAUAUGAUAAAACUGAUGGCUCGCAGUGUACCAUUUGAGCAAGCUCGGCGAGUUCUACAGGAUGAAAUUGGCUGUGACAUCAUCAAAAUCGGUAGUUUGGUACAUAAAAAGGAUAAAUUUGUUAAACGCCGACAACGUUUAAUUGGUCCAAACGGAGCAACUUUGAAAUCCAUUGAAUUACUUACUGAUUGUUAUGUUUUGGUACAAGGUAACACAGUAGCAGCACUUGGUCCGUACAAAGGAUUGCAACAAGUUCGCGAUAUUGUGAUCGACACUAUGAAUAACGUACAUCCUAUUUAUAACAUCAAGGCACUGAUGAUAAAGCGUGAACUUAUGAAUGAUCCAAAAUUAGCAAAUGAAGAUUGGUCACGCUUUCUACCAAAGUUCAAAAACAAGAAUAUUAGCAAACGUAAGCAGCCUAAAAACAAAAAGCCGAAGAAAGAGUAUACACCAUUCCCACCAGCACAAGCUGAAAGCAAAGUCGAUAAGCAACUUGCAUCUGGUGAAUAUUUCCUUAGUAAAGAACAGAAACAAGCACGCAAACAACAAGAGCGCAAUACGAAACAAUCCGAAGCUGCCAAGAAACAGGAAGAGCGCCGCAAUCAAGAUUUCGUCCCACCGACUGAAGAUGGACCGUCUACUAGCCGCAAGAGACCUGCGGAAGAUAGUAAAAAAUUGGAUGUCAAAGCGAUAAAAGCGAAAGUGGCUAAAGCAAAUAAAAAGUUGAGAUCUUUAUAAUAUCUGUAAAUAAUAAAACACUGUUAUUUUUAAA